AUGUGCCCGGCGUCCCGGUUAAAAGCGACAUCGGCAGAACUGGUCGAUCCAGACAACAGCAGCAGCAACAGCAACAGCAGCAGCAACAGCAGCAAACUUGUGGACUGGACAAUCGCGUGUGCGUCUAGUCUGCUUCGCCAGGCGUCUCAAUCUCUCCCUCCUCCGCAGAGACGGGCCGGUCCACGGCCGCUCUCCACUUCUGGCUUCACGCUUGCCCAGCCUCGCCGGCGCUCACAGUCCCUUUGGCCUUGA